AUGGACACCGGCAUCGGGGCCGCGCUGGCCUGGAGCCCCGGGGCGGCCUCGCAGCCCCCGCCCGGGCUGGGGGUGAAGUUGGGGUCGCUGGUGCUGCUGCUGCUGCUGCCCCUCGCCUGUGGCCUCGCACCCCUCUGGUGCUUCCGACAGCCCCCCGACCCCCGCAGCCCCGUGCUCAGCCUGGUGAGCUGCUUCUCGGGCGGGGUUUUCAUGGGCACCUUCCUGCUGGACCUCCUGCCCGACUACCUGGGCAGCAUCGGCGCGGCGCUGGAGGGGCUGCGCAUCACGCUGCAGUUCCCCCUGCCCGAGUUCAUCCUGGCCAUGGGCUUUUUCCUGGUGCUGGUGCUGGAGCAGGUGACGCUGGCGCAGCGCGAGCUGGCCGAGCCUCCCGAGGAGUCGCGGGCGCUGCUGCCCAACGGUUCCUCCAUCCAGGCCGCGGCUCCCGGCCCCGGUGUCCCGGUGGGCUCGGCGGUGCCCGGUGCCCCCGGGGCGCUGCGGGCCGGGGCGCUGGCGCUGGCGCUGGCGCUGCACGCGGUGCUGGAGGGGCUGGCGCUGGGGCUGCGCGAAGGGGACGCGGCGGCGCUGCGGGUGCUGCUGGCGCUGCUGCUGCACAAGGGCGCCGUGGCCUUCGGCCUCUCGCUGGAGCUGCUGCGGAGCCGCCUGCGCCCGCCCGCCGUGGCCUCGUGCCUGGUGCUGCUGGCCCUCAUGUCCCCGCUGGGCGUCGGGGUGGGCACGGCGCUGGCGGCGGGCGCGGGGCCGAGGCAGCGCCUGUGCCGGGCCGUGCUGGAGGGCUUGGCGGCCGGCACCUUCCUCUUCGUCACCUUCCUGGAGAUUCUGCCCCAGGAGCUGGGGGUGCCGCGGAAUCGCAUCCCCAAGGUGAUCCUGAUCCUCGCCGGCUUCGCGUUGGUCAGCGCCAUCCUCUUCGUCAAGGGGUGAGAUCUGCCGGGAUCUGCGCCCCGGCCUUGGAGGAUCCCGUGGGAUUCCUGUGCCCCGAAGUGCCAAAGUGCCUCUCCCAGCUCUGUGCCUCAGUUUCCCUCUCUAACCUGUCCUCUUUCUCAAGCCCGACCUGGGAUCCCCCAUUCUCGCUCCCACCCUGCACCCCCCCCUUUUCCAAAGUGCCAAAGUGCCUCUCUCAGCGCUGUGCCUCAGUUUCCCCAUCUGCACAAGGGAUCGGUGCUGUGACCCCCCCCCCAGGACACCGGGAGGGGGUGAAUGUCCCCCCACCCCCCCAAAAACCACAAGUGCCCUUAUGGACUCCCCCGGAUUUGGGGGUGUUGGA